CCUGUCUGCCUCUGUGCCUCGGUCCAACACCAACAGCGGAGGCUCCCACUACUCGAGGCCGCUGCCACACCCCAUCUGGGCGAGGCGAUACCCGGGCGCAGCAGGCGAGUGGCUGAGGGGCGAGCUUGCACGACGAGCAGAAGCAGGCCAACGACAGCAGCAGCAGCAGCAGCAGCGCCAAGCGGCAUCGAUCCCCGUCAUUGGACUGAAUGAUGUCUGGGAUCGAUCGAGCUCGCCGGCGGCUGCCCCUUCUGCUUCGGCGGCCGUUCCAGCGUUGGCGCCCGUGGCCAUGGCGCCCCCGACUGAUGCUCCUCCCGUUGGCCCGGCUGGCGGUCCUCGUCGAGCAUGGGGAACGACGCUGUAUCCCCAGCAAGAUCGCUACGGUGCCGCCCGAGGUACUCAAGAGACCAUCACUUCCCGAGCGCCGGGCAGCAUCGCAGUCGAUGCGACGACCAGUCCAGAGAGGGACGCACCAGCCCAAGCGGCCCAGCCCCAGCCACAGCCCCAAGUCAGCGUCCAGGACGCCUUGCAGGAGCCCAGUGUCGAUGCAAGGGCAACCACAAGCAGUGGUGGUGCUGCUGAGCCUCAGGCACAAGCAGAGGAGAACAUGGACGCUGCUGCACGCCAGGCAGCCGCCGACACGAUUGCGAGGCUGGCACAGGCGUCGAGGGAGCGCAAUGCCGCGGCAGCUGCUCGCGGAGAUGCUGCUCCCAGGCAGCGAAGUCAAGCUGAGCACAGCGCCACUCGCGCGACGAGGGGAGGCAUGGACUACAUCCGGCGUCUGCGCCACCUUGAUGGGCUCGAAGAGCGUGCUGCCUCUGUUCCUUCGUCUGGCGAGGCACAGCAGCAGGAAGCACAAACACCGGAAGAAGAACAUCCUCUGGACCCGAGCAGCCGUCCGAGGCCAUUUGAGGUGUUUCCGUGGUACCAUCCUCGUCCGCUGCGCUCUGCUGAGCGAGGACGAGGAUGCCGGCGAAGAGCAGGUUGCUCCUUUCGUUGCCGAUGGUGGUGGAACGGCAGCCCGGUUCAGGAUGAGGCGGUCUGCGACGUACAGAAACCCAGAGGCGCAGGCACAGAGACGGAGAAACAGGGCCGCCCUCGUCAUGGCUGAUGGCUUUGCUGCCAGUGCCAAUGAUGCCGACGGUCAGGCGAAUGCCCCGGCUUCCUCAGUCAUGGGCGCUGUCAAUGCCAGAGCGGCGGCAGAAGGAUGGACGCUCAUUGAACAGCGGCCUAGAUCGCCGGUGCGUGUGACGACGAGUGAGGUCAAUGAACCGCCCACUCUCCGAACGAUGGACCCAAUCGGCACCUACACGGACCAACGCACCUCGUCGCCGGUGCGCGAGACGGCUGACGAAGGAAGCGAGAAUGUGACGACUUGGUUCCGCGACCCUGCUCAGCCAUCGAGGUGGCUGUCGACGAGUCCAGGCCCCAUGGGCCGCUCGUCUCUGCCACCCCUGGCCAGCUCGGCUGCUCGAUCAGAGACGAACCCUGCUGCGCUCCCGCAGAGAAGGGGCGAGAUUUCUCUAAGUCGUCGCCGCACUACCGAUGUGGACGACCCACGCACGACGAGGAGGCCCAGACGGCUAGCUAGCCUCACCGACGACGUUGUUCGACGCGUCGAAUCGAUCCUGGACCAGCAGAGUGCUGCCAAUCUAAGCCGCACGCUCGACAUUGACGAUAAUGACGAGAGGGUUCCUCAAAUAGCACCACAAGCACCGCUGCGCGAGCGGCAGUCAUCCUCUCCAAGGCCCAUUCCCAGGCAUUUUACACGGGAGCGACAGGACGAGUUCUGGGGCAGGUCUCUGCGCGAAGACACGCCGCCGCCCGAAGAGAGGAGAGGAGACGAAGAAGGCAAUGGCGACCGGCAGGAUACUCUUGCCGCUACGUCGGCACAGAUUGCGCUUCUGCACCAGCGCGCAGAGGCAUCUUUGAGGCAGUCUCGCAGGCUCACAGACAUGGGCGUGCGCCUGGAGCAGGAGUUCAGGGCACGGCAAGACGAGCUGAGGGUCCGCGAGGAGCGCCUGAGGCUGGAGGUGGCCAGGAGGAGGGCCGAGGUGGAUGCCCUGAGGCAGCGAGAGGGCAGGAUUGGACGCGUGCUCAGCGGGCGCAGCGAGGCGACGGAGGAGCCAGAGGCAGCCAGGCAGCGGCUUGAGGAGGAGAGAGAGCCUCUUCUUGGAGGAGAGGCAGGAGAAGGAGGAGGAGGACAACCUCCGAGCCCCACCAGUCCAUCCGGUAGCUCGCUCGUGCGCAGGAGGUCGGUGCGUGAGUCUGGACUCGGGCCGAUGACGAGAUCCUACAUCCGACUGCUUCAGGAUGGCCAUAUCGCCAGCAGCAGAAUGACCCGCCGCUCAGUCGAGAUGCCACAUGGAGCGCAAGCGCCGAGGAGGAGAGCCAACUCGUCGCCAUCGGUUGAAGAGGCCGAUCGGCCGCAGUUCCUGGCUGCCGCUCCUGCUCCUGCCUCUGCUGGUGGUCGACCGGGCACCAAGGAUGAUCUCGUCGUCGCUGAUGCAUCACAGAUGCGCUCGCCACGCGUCUUUACGCCGCUUCUGACAGACGAGGACAAGGCCAAGCUGGGCCAAUCGGGUCUCGCACUGAUGAGGCUCGUCGACGAAGCCGCCGGUCCCACGGUGAAGAAGCUCAUAAUGCAUGCAAAGCUAAAGAGGCUCGCCAUGCAGUGGACGCCGAUGCAGCCCGACCUGCCCGACACCCUGGAAGGUGGCGCAGAGUACCCCCUUCGCUUUCAGGCUCGCGUCGUCCGACACUAUGGCAAGGGCGACGAAGCAAAGAUUGAUUCGGCCCAGUGCAUCCUGACCAAGGACGAAAGCGGGCUCGAGUGCAACGCGGGCAAGGAUGAGAUCGUCUUGAGGUUCCUUGCUGCCGUCGUUGGCCGGUCAACCCCAGCAGCUGAGCCAACGUCGGUGACAGCAGGUCGCGUGCCGACAUCGCAGAGGGACGCGAGACUGGCGGCAUCGCCCCCUGGCUACAUGACGCUCCUGCAGCGUCACCGCGAGGCCAGACUCGAGGACAGGGACUGGGCCAGGGCACGAGAGCGCAUUAUCGGACAGGCCAACAACGUCGAUGCGAGGAGGAGGGCUUUAGGCCUGCCACCGCGAGACGCCGUGCGGCCUGCUCCAGCCCCGACGACAAACGCCGCAAGCAGGUCUGAGGCGGACAUAGUGUUCGAGCAUCAGCAGCAGCAGCAGCAGCAGCCUGUCCCGCUAGAGCGAGAUGGCGGUGCACCAUCUGAAGACGACGACGUCGAGGGCUGGUCUAUGCACGAAGGAGCACCAGGCACGAGGCACUGCGCCGGAGAAGAAGAGAAGCAGCUCCCUUCCGUGGCCCUCAGCUCGGACCAGUGGCGCCUCAUCGAGCACGUCAAGGGCCGAGCGCGCUCGCGUAUCAGCCCUGCACGCCGUCUCGAGGCUGGCGACGCCGACACGCUCAAGGCGUCGGACUUUGUGCCGAUCGUCUGCGGUAAUGUUGGCAUGGCUGGCCGGCUCCUCGUCGAGGACCGUGCCGUGUCGCUUGCGCGCGCCCAGACGAAGCGCGAGGAAGAGGAGGAGCCAAAGGGACGGGCAGCCAAGGAGAACACCUUUUCGCUCGGACAGAUUGUCAUCCAGGUCGACGUGCCCAGGGCCAGGUGGUCUGCUGGGUCUGGCUGGACUGCCAAGGAGGCAAAGAGGGUCAAGGGACUCGUCUUUGUCGAGAGCAGCAGCCAGAGGCUGGAUGAGAGGCUGGCUGAAUACCGGCGCGUGGAAACUGUUGACGACUUCAAAAUGCUCGCGAAGAAGAUGACAUGGAGCGUCGUCGAUGGGCUUGAAUCGAUUGGAGAAGAGGCAAGGAAGAGAAAGGUGGCAAAGGCGCCGUGGAGGGUGCAGUCUUUUGACGACGACGACGAUGAUGAUGAUGAUGAAAGUCUGGGAGACCCAUUUGCGGUCGAGAAGGCUGCGACCAAGAGCAAGGACAAGAACAAGGGCAAGGGCGCCACCAUCACCGUGGCGCCUCCAGCAGCUGUGUUUGAGACUGACGCACGAGGUCGAGCAUCGGUGUUUGCCUCGGGCGAUAACGACGGGCAAAUUGAGAAACGGAGACUCGAGGGCUCCUAUAUCGGUAUCACUCUCCUGCGGGACGAGCACGAGUCAAGUGACGACAAAUACAACAUCAAGGUGCUCUGGGUCGAGGCCUUUGGCCAGGCUGGUCGGAGAAGCUUCGGAGCGGCCUCUCUGCGAUGAAUAACCAAAAAUUGUUUCCUCUAUCAAUCAUAAUUGUACUGUACAUUUCAUUCCAUCUAUUCCCCCCUCUUCUUCACGACAU